GAAGUAAAAACAAGUCUUCGAAUAUUAAUAAGUCUCGUUCAAAAAAAACCCCCCAUUAAAAAAUCACAAAAUAUAAUUACAAUCAUUUCGGAUACAGAAAUAGAAAUGCAAAUAAAAGAAAUUGAAGAACAAAAAAUUAAGCUUAAAGAACGAGAAGUUGCAAUUCGUGAGAAAGAAAUUGAGUUGCGAAGAAAAGAAGCUGAAAUUGAAGCUUUAGAAUUGGCUAAUAAAAAAAUGAGAAAUGAAUUAAAUAAUAUCGUCUAA